AUGAUCAUAAAAAACGUUGAUGAAUUUUCGUUCUACCCUGCAAUGACGAUAAAAGGAGGCACAAGCCAAGCCUGUGCUGCGUGCAAAUACCAUAGACGAAAGUGCGCUAAGGACUGCGCUCUUGCUCCACACUUCCCGGCAGAUCAACCGAUGAUGUUUCAAAACGCCCACCGAUUGUAUGGCGUUUCGAACAUAAUGAAGAUUCUAAAGAAAGUUCAUCCAGAGCAAGAGGAGGAGGCUAUGACAUCGAUCAUAUACGAGUCCAAUAUGCGUGCCAAAUUUUCAGUCACCGGGUGUAUGGGCAUCAUAAACCAAUUGAAUUUCCAAUUACAGCAAGCCCUAGAAGAGCUUCGAUACGUGAGGACACAUCUUGCAAUUUGCAAGGACCAAUGUCAAUAUCGACUACCUUCUUCCUCACCGCACUACUCUUCUCCUUCACCGCAGUUGCAGCUAGGUAUACCUACAAACACCGACGCAGCGACUCUGACACUUUAUCAACAACAUCAAUAUCCGUAUCAAUAUGCUUCUGGCGCUUCUGGUGCUUCUGGUGCUUCUGGUGCCAGUGGUGGAAUGUCCUGGGUGGGUAAUGAGUAUCUUGCAAAUGGACUUAAUGGGGUUUAUAUUGACGACAAUGAUAAUAUGGUUAAAACUCUUAGGGUUCAACAUCCUUACUAUAACGAUAACAAUGUCGAACAACUUAUGGCUGUUCAGUCCAGUUUGGUUUCUUCACAAGCCUUUCCUGUUCACCAAGAAAUGGACGUUCCUCAUGACUAUGAUGACAUUCCAUUUGAUACAAUUGCUGAUGAUCGACAAUCUUAUAUCGAAUCUAAAGAAGGCUGUGAGUCUAGUGCUGAAUCAUCGUUCAAGGCUACCACGCAAUCGAUCGAACAUGUUUCACAGAAUGAUCUCAAGAGUGCGGCAGCAUGCUUCAGUCUAACAAGUGUGAAGUAG